AGGCAGAAGGUUUGCUGUGGCAUCAUCUACAAAGGUCGCUUUGGGGAGGUGCUGAUCGAUCCCCGUCUUUUCAAACCAUGCUGCAACACAAAAAAAGACUUGAGUCCAGGCGCAGGUGAUAACCUCCCUUCAGCCUAUUAAAGGGGAAUAGUCACGUGCAUUGCUAUCUCUCCAGGCUCCUCUCAGGUCAUUUCACCUGCGUUUGCAUCUCUUUGUCUCCCGUGGCAGACUUCUAUUUUCCACCACUUGUUUUAGGAUCGUUUCAUCAAAAAAGAAAACAGCGCCAAAUCACGGAAGGGAUGAAAUAACAGUAACAUUUGGGAGAUUUUUUUCUGGGUCAAAGUGAUGAUUUCAAACUCGACUCGUGUAUUAUCGAAGAGUUAGCUGAACUAUUUUUUUGGAUGUGAAUCAGGCUAAUGAGAUUUAGCUAGAACUGUCAUUGCUGAUGAUGGAAUAUGAGUACUUAUCACAUUGUCGAUGGUUUUUUUUAAUUGUAUGUUUAUAUAAAUAGCAUGUAGAUACUCUUUCUUUCUAGAGGUGGAUCUUCUGUUUCAGAAUGUGUUUUACUCCUGGGCCGUGGACCAUAGCUUGUGUUUUUAUUUCUCUUUUUGCCCAAACUAUCUGCUGAUCUUGUGAAUCAGGAUUGCCAGCUUGUUUAGCGAUGCAUUAGAUCGACUCUCGAGGCUGGUUGGUCUAAUACUUACCUGUCACUUGGCAGUGGGACCACUUUAAUUAACCCUUAAAAGAACAUUUUAAGUGCGGCAUUUAAUUCCAACACAAGGUUCCUUCCAGAAUUAAGUAAAUAAUUUUUUUAGAUUAAAAUCAG